AUGGUGCGAACCGCAUCUCCCGACGUGCCUGAUGACGGGCAUGGCGACAAUAUUCCGGUCUCGCCUGGCAUCUCGGAAUCAGCUACCAGCGCAAGCGAGACGCUGUAUACCCCUUCUGUAUCUGAGAGCCAGCGUAGCACUCAAAAGGACCUAGAUGAGUGCGACAGUGCUUCGGAGACCGACGUUCUGCUUGUAUCGCCUCCCCCGGAAUACGAAGACGUGGUCCCUGGCACUGGGAAUGCUACUGUCGAUGUGAAAUCCGACAGGGGAAGCUUCCCGCAGCCUGGCGACGGGCAUCGCGAUGCUGAAGCAGGAGGUCGCAGGGCACGCAGGCGAGGGUGGUGUGGGAAACGGAGGGAUCGCGACCGGCAGCGAUGCCAGAUGACCAAGUGGAAGCUGUUUGUCGGAAUCGUCAAAUUCUGCUUGCUCAUCGGCCUGUAUCCCCGGAACCGUGCAGAGGAGAAUGACUCUCCGCCACGAGAGAUUGAAAUCCACAAGAAAUCGGGCGCCAUCUGGGGGGAAUAUCCUCUCUACGACCUCCUCGCCCUGACCACCAGCUCAGGCUCGAUAGCGGUCACCAUCAUCCCCCAGCCAGCCGACCCACGAGCCCCCAGCAAGCCCGCCCGAGUAUUCCUCCGCUCCAGGUCCGGCAGCAUCUCCGUCAAGUUCCAGCUCCCAGCGCCCGGCAGUCGAGACGCAGACACACACGCACACGACAAACCCCCAGCCCUGCACCCGCGGCCGUACGAGGUCGAAAUCGCAACUCACAGCGGCAGCAUCGCCGCCAGCAUCGCCUUCUCCACCAGCGUCAAGCUCUCCUCCACCAGCGGAGCGAUCGACGCGCACCUCACGCCCCUCGUCUUCCCGGGCGCCGCGUUCCUCGACACGCACAGCGACAACAUCUCCAUCACCACCGUCACCCGCUCCGGCAGCGCCAACGUCGUGCUCAACGACCCGCUCAUCUACCCUCGGCUAGCACCCUCCGGCCGGCAAACGCGCGCGCAGCAUCGCGGACCCGGCGCCAUCGCCGUGCAUGAGGCGAGGGGCUCCGGGUCGCUGCGUGUUCGGUAUCCUCCGUCGUGGGCCGGGCGUGUUCAUGCCGCGAGCAUCAGGGCGAAUCGGGUCAGCCUCGGCGGGAAGGGGGUUCGUGUCGUUGGAAGAGGGAGCAGGGCUGUGGAUGGCGUCAAGGAGCCUGACGCGGAGCUGCCGCGGCAAAAGCAGUGGUGGGGGAGUCGGGGGGAUAUGCAUGUUGAUUUGAGGGCGAGGACGGGCGCGGUGAUGUUUCGCGUUGGCGAUGAUUGA